GCUCCCGCGGGAGAGGUCUCACUCCAGACCCGCAAGCCCCACCCUGGCCCGCCGGGCCCCAAGGUGCGCAGGACCGGACGCCCCAGGCUCGGCGGCUACUGUCAGACCUCGCUUCAGGCUCUGUGCUCCGUGCCAGGCGGCCACGGGGUCCCCGGAGGGCUCUGCUCCGCACUGUCCCGGGCUGCGUCUCCGAAGACUCCCAGGGCGACGGUGGCUUCUGCUGGCGCUCCUUCGAGAACAUGGUUCAGAAGUACCAGUCUCCUGUCCGCAUCUACAAGUACCCAUUCGAGUUGGUCAUGGCGGCCUACGAGAAGCGCUUCCCCACCUGCCCGCAGAUCCCCGUCUUCCUCGGCAGCGAGGUCCUGCAUGAGUCCCGCAGCCCCGAUGGCGCGGUGCACGUGGUGGAGCGGAGCUGCCGCCUGCGCGUGGAGGCCCCAAGGCUGCUGCGGAAGAUGGCCGGCGUGGAGCACGUGGUCUUCCUGCAGAGAAACGUCUUGAACUGGAAAGAGAGAACGCUCCACAUCGAAGCGCGCAAUGAGACCUUCGCCAGCCGCGUGGCGGUCGAGGAGAACUGCAGCUACACGGUCCAUCCAGAAAAUGAAGAGUGGACUUGCUUUGAGCAAUCCGCCUCACUCGACAUCCGGUCCUUCUUUGGCUUUGAAAGUGCCUUGGAGAAGAUUGCCAUGAAGCAAUACACAGCCAAUGUCAAGAGGGGCAAGGAGGUGAUCGAGCAUUACCUGAAUGAGCUCAUCUCCCAGGGUACCCCCCACAUUCCCCGGUGGACUCCUGCUCUGGUCCCAGACGACGAUGCCCGCUCCCAGGCUGUGCUGGGGGAUUCCGGCUCCUUGGAGGUUGACGGGCCCAGCAGCACCCAGGAUCCCGCUUCUGAGAUGGUCGGUACUGACGGGGACAAGCUGGAUGCCGACUACAUUGAGAGGUGCCUGGGCCGUCUCACACCUCUGCAGGAGAGCGGCCUGAUCCAGCUGCGGCACUGGUUGCAGGAGACACACAAAGGCAAGAUUCCCAAAGAUCAGCACAUCCUUCGGUUUCUGCGGGCUCGUGACUUCCAUCUGGACAAGGCCCGCGAGAUGCUGUGCCAGUCCUUGAGCUGGCGGCAGCAGCACCAGGUGGACCUCCUCCUUCAGACCUGGCGUCCCCCUGCCCUCCUGGAGGAGUUCUACGCGGGGGGCUGGCACUACCAGGACAGAGAUGGCCGCCCGCUGUACAUCCUGCGCCUGGGCCACAUGGAUACCAAAGGCUUGAUGAAGGCUGUCGGGGAGGAGGCACUGCUGCAGCACGUUCUUUCUGUCAGCGAGGAGGGACAGAAGAGGUGUGAAGGGAACACCAAACAAUUUGGCCGCCCCAUCAGCUCCUGGACUUGCCUGGUGGACCUGGAAGGGCUUAACAUGCGGCACCUGUGGCGGCCGGGGGUGAAGGCCCUUCUGCGCAUGAUCGAGGUGGUGGAGGCCAACUACCCCGAGACGCUGGGCCGGCUGCUCAUCGUGCGUGCUCCCCGCGUCUUCCCUGUGCUCUGGACGCUGAUCAGCCCGUUCAUCAACGAGAACACCAGGCAGAAGUUCCUCAUCUAUAGCGGCAGCCAUUACCAGGGCCCCGGCGGCCUCGUCGACUACCUGGAUAAAGACGUGAUCCCCGACUUCCUGGGGGGAGAGUGCAUGUGUAAUGUCCCCGAAGGUGGACUGGUCCCCAAGUCACUCUAUCUGACAGAAGAGGAACAGGAGCACGCAGACCAGAUGCACCAGUGGAGAGAGACGUACCAGUCGGCCAUCGUGCUCCGCGGGGCCCCCCACGAGGUCACAGUGGAGAUUCUGGAGGGGGCGUCAGUCAUUACCUGGGAUUUCGACAUCCUGCGAGGGGACGUGGUGUUCAGCCUGUACCACACUAAACAGAUGCCCAAGCUGGGCCCCCGGGAGCCUGGGGCCAGGGCCGGCGGGCAGUUGGCGGACAAAGGCUGGGCCCCAGUCACAGAUUACAGUCGUGUGGAGGCCCCCCUCGUCUGCCGGGAAGGGGAGAGCAUCCAGGGCUCCCACGUGACCCGGUGGCCUGGCACCUACCUGCUCCAGUGGCAAAUGCACAGCCCCCCCGGCAGUGUGGUGGAGGAUGUCCUGACCGCCCUGCACAGCCCUGGUCCCAGAUGCAAACUCCUGUAUUACUACGAGGUGCUGGCUUCGGAGGACUUCAGGGGCUCCAUGUCCAGCCUGGAAUCCUGCACCAGCGGCUUCUCCCAGCUCAGUGCGGCCACCUCGUCCUCCUCUGGCCAAUCCCACAGCAGCUCCCUGGUCUCCAGAUAGCCAGCACUGGGCCCUGCAGGGCAGCCCACGUGCCCCCACGUCCACAAGCGUCUAGAACCAGAAGCCAGCUUGGCCGCGAGACCUGGGACAGCGUGGGCUGCAGCCUGGGUCCAGAUACUCCCAAAGGCGGGAUGUCUGGAGCUGAGGGCAGUGAUCCAGCUCGUGGCCUGUGUGGCGGGAACCUCAGUCAGAACCACCUCCUUUGGGCUUCCUGUAAAGAACAGCCCAGGAAUGGGUGGCCCACCUCAGGUCUGCCUCGUCUGGGGGCUCAGGGAUAUCAUCAGGCUCAGGCCCACCCCUUCACUUCAGCCCCUGCUCUCCCUGUGACGGCCUUCUUCUCAGGUGCCUUCUGCAUUGCCAUGAGGUUCCUUCUUUGUCUCCUCCCAGCUCAGCUGCAGAAGAGCACUUCUUUGUCCCAAAGUUCAUCCAACCUCCCAGAACUGAGUCUAAGCAGCCUGCCUAGAUCCCAUGCCUGUCCCUGACCCAAUCACGGUUGUCAGGGGAACAGAGAACACUGACUGGCUAGCAGGGUGUCCAAUCUGGACCAAUCACUGUGCAGGGAGGGGGAUGCAGUGAUUGGCCAGCCAGGACCACAUGCUUGUCCCUGGAGCCAACCACCUGGUCUGAAAAGCACAAAGGGCCUCCAGGUAUAUUGGGGUCUCCCUCGAAGAAGGGGGAAAGAAUACUGGGCAGGCGGAAAUGAUGGGUAUUCACCAUAGCGUCUGAUUCUACAGUGAUGGCCUGCGUCCCAGGACAGGUACGGUGAACACUUAUAUGAGUUACAGGCUCGGCUUUCUGGAGGGAGCAGCCUGCCCUGGACUUGAAAUCCAGGUUCCUAGCGUUUGGCUGGGAAGGUCUGACCCUAACCACCCCUGACUUGAAGAGGGUGGGAAGACACAGGGUUUCUGCUAAGUUCCAGGCAAUGAUGAAGCCGCUCCAGCUGUCUUUAUGCUCCUCUGGAGGUCCCUUUCUCUCCUGGGAGCUCUUUCAUUAGGACGUUUUUGGUUGUUAAGUCAUAGAGAUCCACAUAAAAGGAUAACCAUUCAUGGGUGCACAUAAUUGGCCAGUUUAGGAGGGCUUGCUUCAGGUAAGGCUGGAUCCAGGAUCUCAACAUGACAUCAGGACAUCCCUGUGGGGUGGAGGCUGUCAAUUUGUUGCAUCUGCCCUGAGUGCAGUCUGAUCCCCGGAACCAGCUCCAAUACUGACAGACUUUCCCUGAGUUCCUGCAUGGGAGAAUUUGGGGUCUCCUUGGGGCCUGAGGAUAUUUCUCUUUUCCUUCCCGGAGCCUCCAAAAAGGUAAUAGGCCAGAGGUUACCAAGUCGCAGCCUGCAGUUUGAUCUGGCCUGCCUUUCAGGUUUUUGGGGUUUUUUUUUUGCCUAUAGAGGGAUUUUAAAAUUGGGGCAUUUCAUCCAGAAAUCAAGAUUUCUGGCUCCCCUUAGAUACUUAGGAGUGUUGGCAAAACAGGGCCACUAUGUCAUAUAAAUGCUACCAACACAGCUGUUACCCUGGAUGGGGGCCAGGCCAGGCCCCACCCCUCUCUAUGGACCCAUCCUUGGCCCGUGUCACUCACUGCCUCUGCCUGGGAGGGACCUCACUGAAAUGGUUUGGCAGGCAGCCUGAGUUCAGUCUGGGGCCGAGAGGCUCAGCAUGACUUUUAUCUCAUAGCCUCGCUUACAGUUGGGGGUGGUCUCUGGCUCACACCGAGCCACUGGGCCUUGUACAAGGGGUGGGUUUACAACCGCGGGGAUCACCGCCUCCAGGCUUGUCAUGACAGGGCAAGGAGAGGAAGCUUACUUUCCUACCAACCUCCAUCCCCGACCCGGAGCCACGGGAAGGAGGUAUCCUUCUUCCUGCAGGGAGGGAGCCCCAUCUGCCUCUGUGGUUUUCAUUUGGCUUCUCAGGUAUAGGAAGAAAAUCCCAAAGUGCAUCCUGUAACAAGGUGUGUGUGCAUGCAUGUGAGGGGGAGAGAGAGAGGGGUCGGGAGAUUGGAGACAUCCUCAAAACGAACUGCUCCCAUGUCAUCAGGCAUUUACUGCUGAGAGCAAUUUGCAAUAGUGGCAACUAUCUUUAGAUGAAUUUCUAACUUGCCUCUAAAAACUACAUGUUAUCCUAGAAGCAUUUUCUUAUUGUCUAGGACUAGCACCCAGUGAAGGAUGGAGAAGCCUUUGCUUGAUUUGGGGUUAGAAAUGAGCUUUGACAAUUGGAACCUGGAUCACUGAUUCCAGAGAGGAGGGUCUGCCAUCAGUAGUCCAGCUUUUACAGGAGGAAUGAGGAGCCUAGGCUUGCUCAGCUCUUUCCUUGAGAUCUCUCUCUCAAUAUCCCUCUCUCCCUCCCUUCCUCAGGAAAGCCCCAGCUCAAACUGGCUUAAGCAACAAAGGGAAUUCCCUGACUCCUGUCACUGGGGCUUGCUCCAGGUAUGGCUGGAUCCAGGAACCCAGUGUCCUCAGGCUCACGUGCUCAUCCUCAUAGCCUCGCCCAGGCCUCUUGGCUCCGUAUCUCUUUGUACACUGGCCUCAUCCUCUCCUCCAACCGAUGGGAAGUAGCUGCCAGCACCCUCUACCUACAACCGCAGGGCUCACCAUCUCUAAGGCUGAGAGAGACUCGUUUCCAUUUUAAAUCCCAUAGAAGGCUUUGAUUGGCCCUGCAAAAGUCACAUGCUCACUCCUGUGGCUAUAUUAGCCCAGGGGCUGAGGGCCCUGUGAUCAACAUCCCCUCCAGAAGCCACAGUGGGAUGGAGGAGAGCCAGUCAGUCAUCCAAGGACGAGGGAAGCUGGGCCACAGAUGCAGCGGAUGGCCACGGUGGCAUCUGCUAUGGUUCUCUUCCUGUGCUGGAGGUCUUGGGGGCCCGUGUUGGAACAUCACCAAUCAGUAUGCCAUUCUUCUUACCUGUGAGGCUUGGAAUUAAAAAUCCAAGGAAGUUCUGCUGAGCUCUUGCCUUCUAAAUUUCCCUGGACCCCAGGGCUGGAAGCUCCUUGGCUUGGCUUCUUUCUCCAUCUUGUUCAUUAACCUGUUGUGACCAGGACAGAAACAACCCACUCACAAUAGGACCUGCCUGCUCAGGCCAUGGGUUUAGGAGCCUGGGUCUUAAACUUUAGAUGGGGUGGGGUUCAAAUCCCAGCCAUCUUUUCCCUAGCUGUGUAACCUCCAGCAAGUGACUUAGCCUCUCUGUGCCUCAGUUCCCUCAUCUGUGAAAUGGGGACAGCGGUGCCUACCUCAU